CAAAACAGUUCAUUGUAUACAAAGGAGCAAAGCAGACCGUUUUGAUAUACUCACAUUUUUACGUUUAUUUUCUUAGCGUUUUUGUGAUUCCAAAAGAAAUAAGUGAACACAAUUCCCUUAGUUUCGUAAAAUUAAUCAAAUUUUGAACAUUUUUUUUGUAGUGAAAAGAGUUUUAAACAAAAGUUUCUCACAAGUACUAGUACUUUGGUGAUAUUUACACAAUACUAUAAACUAUAUUUGCAUUAUUAAAAAUAAAUAUCAUGGAUUUACAGAAUGGUCCGGGAUAUGUAAUCGAAAACAAUAUCCUCAAAGCUGAAAAGCUUCCUCCACUGGCACCUGACGUUCGUCUUAAUGAGAUAAUAUUGGAAAAUUUAAGGAACAACCCAGAUUUUAUUGGACAGAUCGAUGGAAAAACAGGAGAAAAAUGGACAUAUAAGAAAUUGACUGAUGCCAGUGUGGGUUGUGCUUUAUGGCUUAAAAAGCAAGGAAUAAAAGCAGGUGAUAUAGUAACAAUUUGCUCACAUAAUCAUAUUAAAACUUGGGCCCCAUUCUGUGGAAUCUUCUUCAUCGGCGCCAACCUUAAUUCUUGGUACCACGAUUGGCCAGCUGAAACUGCACAAUAUUUCGUGAAUCUUACAAAACCAAAAGUUAUAUUUGCUGAUGAACAAGCGGCAAAAAUGCUUAAAGAGCUGACUAAACAAGAGAAUGUCAAUUCGAGAAUUGUUGUGUUUGGCAAAGUUCCUGGACUUGAAUCCUUUGACGACAUCAUUAAGGAAUGCAGUGCCGAAGAGAUUGAGAACUUUGAAUGCUACCCAGUAAAACACGAUGACAAUGCCUUAAUACUAUUCUCUUCGGGAAGCAGCGGUUUGCCUAAAGGUGUACAACAUACAUAUCGUUCAGUACACUACAAUAUGUAUACAUUUAAUAAGAGAUUUGAAAUCAAGAAAGGUAGCAUCACAAUGCAUAUAUCAACAUUUUAUUGGAUAUCUGGCAAUUUGUGCACCCUGCGCAGUCUAAUGAAUAAUCUCCCUGCAGUUAUCAUAAACAAUGCCACGUCUGAAGAAAUUUGUAAAGCAACACAAAAAUAUAAGGUUCAGUGGUUAUUUUUGGCAACUGGUCUUAUUAGCGAUAUAUACAAAUUAGGUUUAUUUGAAAAAUACGACUUAUCGUCUGUAGAGGAAAUAGCAACAGGAGGUUCAAAAGUCCAUCCUGAAAUAACGAAAAAACUUAACAGCCUUUUAAAGAAUGGUGAAAUAAUUCAAGGAUACGGCCUAACUGAACUGGGAACAAUUGCCACUUUGCAAAGAAAGGGCCAUAAUAAUCAUGAUUCCUGUGGAGUACUAGGUUAUGAUAUAGAGUUAAAAAUAGUUGACGUAAAUACCAACCAAACACUAGGUCCAAAUGAAAAGGGUGAAAUUUAUCUUAAGCAAGACCAUUCGAUGAAACAUUAUUUAAAUAACCCAAAAGCCACAGAAGAAGCCAUUGAUAAAGAUGGUUGGCUCCACACUGGAGACUUGGGAUACUUCGACAAAGAAGGAAAUGUUUACAUUGUUGAUAGAUUAAAAGAAGUAAUCAAGUACAGGGGCCAUCAUAUUUCUCCGAUAGAAAUCGAAAGUAUUCUUCUCAAACAUCCAAAAGUAUUAGAAGUUGCAGUCGUACCUGUUCCUCAUACAGGUACUGAUGAGGAAUAUCCACUUGCAUUUAUUUCAACAUUAAAUAAUUUUAAGGUAUCUGAAGAGGAACUUUUCAAAAUGACAUCCAUUCUUGGUGAUAUUAAAAGACUGAGAGGAGGAAUAAAAUUCUUGGACUCACUACCAAAAACACCAUCUGGAAAAGUUAACAGACCAAAACUAAAGCAAAUGGCUAAAGUUUAUAGUAGUUAAUAAAAAAAUGAAAAACUAGUCAAAUGUAAAAUAAUUAGAUCUGAAUAUUGUAGACUUUUUAUAUAGUAACGGUGAAAAUUCGUUACCAAACACGUGUUAUUAUAUUAUUAAUUUUAUUUAGAAGACGUUAUUAGACAUUACCAAUUUAAAAAUAAAGAUUUUAUAAUUUUAA